UAUAAGGUUCCUACCACAUUCUCAUCCUUUGUGAUAAUGUCGGCUGAGUAUGAAGAUAGACCUCCCAGAGACAAUGGCCCAGAGGGCAUGGAGCCAGAUGGGAUCAUUGAGAGCAACUGGAAUGAGAUCGUGGACAGUUUUGAUGAGAUGAACCUGGGUGAGAAGCUGCUCAGGGGAAUCUAUGCCUAUGGUUUUGAGAAACCCUCCGCUAUCCAGCAGAGGGCCAUCCUCCCUUGUAUCAAGGGUUAUGAUGUGAUUGCACAGGCUCAGUCUGGUACUGGGAAGACUGCGACCUUUGCCAUAUCCAUCCUGCAGCAGAUUGACAUGGAGCUGAAGGGCACACAAGCCCUGGUCCUGGCUCCCACCAGAGAGUUGGCUCAGCAGAUCCAGAAGGUCAUCCUGGCACUGGGUGACUACAUGGGAGCCUCCUGCCAUGCCUGUAUUGGAGGGACCAACGUCCGUAACGAGGUCACCAAGCUGCAGGCUGAGGCUCCUCACAUAGUGGUGGGGACCCCUGGUCGCGUGUUUGAUAUGUUGAACCGCAAAUACCUGGCCUCCAAGAACAUCAAGAUGUUUGUGCUGGAUGAGGCUGAUGAGAUGUUGAGUCGUGGUUUCAAGGACCAGAUCUACGAGAUCUUCCAGAAGCUCCCCACCAGCACGCAGGUGGUGCUGCUGUCUGCCACCAUGCCCCAGGAUGUCCUGGAGGUCACCAAGAAGUUCAUGCGUGAGCCAAUCCGCAUCCUGGUCAAGAAGGAGGAGCUUACCCUGGAGGGUAUCCGACAGUUCUACAUCAAUGUGGAGAAAGAGGAGUGGAAGCUUGACACCCUGUGUGAUCUCUAUGAGACCCUGACAAUCACCCAGGCUGUGAUCUUCAUCAAUACUAGGAGGAAGGUGGACUGGCUCACUGAGAAGAUGCAUGCCAGGGAUUUUACUGUGUCAGCUCUGCACGGCGACAUGGACCAGAAGGAGAGGGACUUGAUCAUGAGGGAGUUCCGUUCAGGCUCCAGCAGGGUUCUCAUCACCACUGACCUGCUGGCCAGAGGUAUUGAUGUCCAGCAGGUGUCCCUGGUCAUCAACUAUGAUCUGCCCACCAAUAGGGAGAACUACAUCCACAGGAUUGGUCGAGGGGGUCGUUUUGGCCGCAAGGGAGUUGCCAUCAACAUGGUGACUGAGGAGGACAAGCGCACGCUGAGGGACAUCGAGACGUUCUACAACACCACUGUUGAGGAGAUGCCCAUGAAUGUGGCUGACCUCAUCUAGAUUCUGGAAGAUUUCCUUCUGCCCCGCCCCAAACCUUCUGUCCUCUCUCAAUCCCCUUGGCUUCAACAAAACCCCAAACCCAAUAGCCCCCUCCAAUCGGUUAAAACGACGAUCACUCAGAUCCUGGAGCCCUCCCCCUCUUGACCGGAAAUCCGAUCCUAUUUCACCUUUGAUUCCUAUCCUUGUGAUUGAAUACCAACUGGUAUUCAAACUCAAUACAAAUGAUUUUACUCUUACACUGGGGUUUUUGUCUUGUCCUCAUAGCCCUUUACGGUAUUCUGGUCAGUUAAGUAUAGUAUAGCUUAAGUUCUACCCCACCCACACCACUUUCCAAAGUCAGAAAUGCAUUGUCGAUGGGGUUGUUCCUCUUUGGAACAACCCCUGACACCCUGAGAUGGUUCUAAAUUAUUGGGUGCCCAAGCACUAAGGACUGAUACUGGGUGAUAAGUUGACUCCCCAUAGAGUUUGAUAGAGGGCACACAUGCAUCUUAGCCGUAAUGGCUUUUGUGCAUUUUAGUUAUUUAGCAGAUGCUCUUAUCCAGAGUGUCUUACAGGAGCAAUUUCUGUUAAGUGCCUUGCUCAAGGGCAUUUUUUUCCCCCAGUUGUCUCUUGGUUUUGGACCAGUAAUCUAAAGGUUGCUGGUAACGCUCUUAACCACUAGGCUACCUGCCGUCUGUGCCCUCUAUUUAACUUAAUGGACUGACCUGACCACCUUAGUUGUGGUUGUCUACUCUUUACCCCCAAUUGAUGCAACUUAAUGGCAUUUGUGUAUAAUGUUGGGAAGUGACUAGCUUUUAGUUAGGGUGACUCUGGCUGCAUCUGACACUGUACCCUAUUCCCUAUAUACUGCACUAUGUAGGCUACAGGGUGCAAUUUUGGACGCACCUCACUAUUGUGACGUGCUUCAUUGCUCUCCAGUCAGUGGGUGUUAAUAGUUAAGUGUGACUAUAAAAUUACUAUUGCCCUUUGGGGGGGGUUCUUGGAGAAGUUAUUACGUACCAGAAUAGUACUUCCGAAAAGACUACAAUGUAUCCAGCUCGUCUUGGGGUGGGUUUUAAACGGUGUUCAAGGAGCAUCUUCAACAAAUAACAAAUAAAAUGUGAGAUGUGAUCAUGAA